AUGGCUACCACCUCCCAACUCCCCGGCAUCUCCCUACAGGUGACUGUCACAAUAGCACCAGAGAACGUGCCGAAAUUCUUCGAGCUGUUCAAACCCGUGUACGAAAAAGUGAUUGAAGAACCAGAGUGUACAUUUUUCGAAGUGUAUAUAUCGCCCGAAAACCCUGGAGUUCUCUCGUGGGUUGAGAAUUGGACCCAGUCUAUUGAGUGGCUCUUUCAGAACCAGCUUUCAAAGGAGUACUACAAAGAUGCAAACAUCGUCGCAAUUGUGUGUUUGGCAUCAGUGACUGAACAUUUUUUUAUCAUCAUGAGCGGCCUUCGUGGGAUGGUGAAGGACGGGUGGCAUCCCAAAGGAAAACAGGGGGGCAAGGAAAGCUGGCGGGGGGACUUUAAAGGGAUCGGCCAGGUGGCUGGCUGGAUGGGAAAGGGCAAAGAUCCAAACGCAGACGACCAGGCAGAGCAUGUUUCGCGACCGCUCACAUCUCUCAAGGAUCCAUCGUCGUUUGGCCCGCCACCCAAGCGCAACGGUGCCUCGGCCGUUGUUUCGCCUGGAGCAACAACACCAACAACAACAACAACAUCAAGCUCAAGGAGUCUUGGUGCCGCGGUUCCGCAGUCAUCGCAUCGAGCAGCAGCAGCAGAAGAAGAAGACAAGCCGGCACCGCCGCCUGUGCCAUAUCGAGCCAAUCAAUCCGGGCUUAAAACAGACCAUCUUCCUCCGCCUCCUGUCCGACAUAACACGGAUUCUGUUUCACAGCCUGUCUCUUCGCCGAGCGCCAGACCAAGUCUUCCGCCGCGGUUGCCAGCGCGAGGCCCUGCUCCUCAGUCGGCCUCGCCUCCGCCACCUCCGUACUCUGAGACGGAUGAUAAUGUAACGCAGAUGAAUCAAGGCGCCGUGUCUCGUUUGGGACAGGCGGGUGUGUCUGUACCGGGGCUGGGGAUUGGUGGAACGGGCAGUGAUAAAUCAGCUACGGUGCAGACGAAUCUCAACAAACAAGUCAAUGAACUUCAUCGGUACGGUAACAUGUCAGCCCAAGAGGACUCGCAAAACCAUGUGGCAGAUUCUAAAAACGGAACUACAUAUGGACAAACCCAAGAAAGAUAUCAGAACACGGACAAUAAUAGCGCUUCAUCGGCGUCGGCACUGGACAGCCGAAACAUGGGGGCAACAGCCAACAACCUCCGGCAGCGCGGCGGGGAGCAGUUUGAGGCAGGGAAGAAGAAGCUCAUUGCUCUUAAUCAGAAACACAAAAUCACGGAUCGCAUCCAUUCGUAUUUCGAACAGCCACCUGCGUCGUCAGGCCAAGAGUCGGCGGCUCCGGCUCCACCACCUCCUCCUCAUCCAAGCAAUAAUAAUGCAAAUCUCAGCCGGCAGAACUCCAACAACAUUGAUGUUGAGGCUCUGAAUAAACGAAAGCCGCCGCCGCCGCCGCCUCCAGCCAAGAAACCGGGGCUACAGGCGAAGCCAGUGGGCAGCAGCACUCCCUCGCCGCCGCCGUUGCCUUUGGGCACGAAACCUCGAUGA